AUGGUGCACCUCAAGCUGGUCGCGGUGCUGUCCCUAAAUUGGAUUUUGAUCAACGCCGCCGAGGAGAGCCUACAUCAGUCGUCAGCAUCAGUUGAGUGCAACUUUGCGCACCUUCACCCGCAACGAUACGCUGCGUAUCACAUUUCACCAUCAACCUUGUCAAGCCUAUCGAUCGAUGGUAUUCUAGAUGAUGAAGGUUGGACUGAAGUGCCUUGGAGUGAGCCGUUUCAAGACAUUCACGACAAUGACUUUGAGGUGUUUGAUGAUGCUGAUGGAAGUACGCACAACUACAAAGAGUUUGAGAUUAAUUCUCGAAAUACCACAUGGAACCUGUGGCUUAAUCGUCCAUAUAGGGAUGACGGUCACGAAAACAGUACUCGAGUGGAUCCCCACUACGGUUUUGACAUGCUUAAUGAUGCCGAGCGUCUGCAUUACUGGAGUGUGGAAGUAGCUUUACCGUUAAAAGCUCUUGCAUCAUAUUCAUCUGCCAAAGUUCCUCCAAAACCUUUUUCAUUUUGGCGAAUUAACUUUUCUCGAGUCGAGUGGCCUGUUCGUGUCGUCACGGAUGUCAAUACUGGCAAUCAGUAUUACACGAAGAUUGCUGGUUUGAGUGAAGAAAAUUGGACUUGGAGUUCACAAUAUGCUGUGAAUAUGCAUCGGCCAGAAUGGUGGGGUUAUCUCCAAUUUCGCCCACCGGGUGAACUCCCCCCCAAGUAUGAUGACGAUCAACAACACACUGAAAAGGUUCCGCUUGAUUCUGAAUGGAACAUUCGCUACGUCAGUUUCCAGCUUUAUUAUGCGCAGCAUGCAUAUCGCGAUGCGUUGGGGAUGUAUGCAUCAAGCCUGAAGGAAUACUUUGCUUCUCAAGAAGCUUUUGGCUGCAUAAAUUUAUUUCAUUUGAGCUCCUCAGAUGAGUCAUUUAUGGCUCAAAUCGGACUCCGAACAAAUCAAAAAGAUGCUAGGUCGUUUGAGUUUGUAUCCAGCAUCAAGGAUGAUGGUUAUAUAGUCGUUAUGAAGACCGACCCAGGCACGUUUGGUAUUUAG